AUGUCCAGGACUGCACCUAUCUCAGGUGUAGCGCCACUUCUUCGUCAAGUGCUCUUCAAGACGCCCUCGGCCCUCACGAGCUCGUCUCCGCAGUCAGAAUGGACUCGCCACAAGCCUCCGUGGGAUACGGCUGUACGAUGGCGGGCCACACUCUACCUUUUUGGUGCCAUCUACUCGCUCGGUCACUCCCCACGUCGAUGUGCCGCUGUCUUGUUCUUCCCAGCGCAGUGGAACCCCGCGCUAGGAGUUGACAUGCACCUUCCCGGUCGCGCGCCAAGGUACCACCCAAAGGUCCUUCGAAAUGCUACAAUUGUGGCUGGCCAUGCAUCGAGCCUACUCGAAGAGCUGUUCGGAAGGCUUGGCCUUCGCAUCGGCAACUGCGCUCUGGAUUGCGUGCUUGAGGGACCGUACGGUGCUCAGACGCUCGCAGGUUGGUUACCCAAGUUCAAGAUCGUAUAA